AUGAAUAUAACAACUAAACUCUCCUUGUCAUUCAUUCUCCUCUCUUUCUACACCAUCACCUCUUUGUUCAGUCCAUGUUCAGCCGCUGAAGCACCCGAGCCGGUGCUCGACAUCACUGGAAAAGCACUCCGGACCGGCAUUGAUUACUACAUAUUGCCUGUCAUCCGGGGCAGAGGUGGUGGGCUUACACUAGCCAGCAUUAAUGAAACUUGCCCUCUCGACGUUGUUCAAGAGCAAAUGGAAGUUAAAGAUGGCCUUCCAUUGACAUUUACACCGGUCGAUCCUAACAAAGGGGUGAUCAGUGUCUCCACUGAUUUAAACAUCAAGUUCUCGGCUGCCUCAAUCUGCGUUCAGUCCACUGUAUGGAAGCUCGACGAAUCAGCCGGGAAAUAUUUCGUGACAACCGGUGGAGUUGAUGGCAAUCCCGGCCGCGAAACUAUAAGCAACUGGUUCAAGAUUGAAAAAUAUGAACGUGACUAUAAGAUUGUUUUCUGCCCUACGGUGUGUGACUAUUGCAGGGUUAGAUGCGGAGAUGUUGGUAUUAUCAUACAAGAUGGAUACAGACGUUUGGCUUUGAUUACUACUGAUGAUGAUGUUCCAUUUAGAGUUAUGUUUAAGAAGGCUUGA